CAGUCCAGCCAAAAGGACGAGUUUACCACCCGCCCCUUUGCUGUCCCCAGGCCGGGCUUGCCAAGAGGGUUGGGAAGCUGUUUGUGAAGUUUCAGCAUCCAGCCGGUGGGUGGAUAGUAUUCGAAAAUGGUAUUACAAUGCUGCAGGAUUCAAUAAACUGGGGUUAAUGCGAGAUGAUACAAUACGUGAGGAUGAAGAUGUAAAAGAAGCCGUAAGAAGGCUUCCUGAGAACCUUUAUAAUGACAGGAUGUUUCGCAUUAAGAGAGCAUUGGACCUGACCAUGAGGCAGCAGAUCUUGCCCAAAGAACAGUGGACAAAAUAUGAAGAGGAUAAAUUCUACCUUGAACCAUAUCUGAAAGAGGUUAUUCGUGAAAGAAAAGAGAGAGAAGAAUGGGCAAAGAAGUAAUCACAUAGAUGAAAUCUGUGGAUACAGCUGUCUUCAGAGUAUUUUUAUGAAGAUGGUUAGACCUUAAACAUAAAAUUAAAUAAUUAUUUCAUCUGCAGAUGUAUUACUUUAAAUAAAUGUCUAUUGUAAGCAUUGUUGGAGUUUUUGAAUUUUAAACCUUAUACUG